AUGGCACGCAGAGAUAACGACAUCUCCGACGCUGUCAUUUCUGCGCUGAACACGGCGGCGCACGUCGCCGACCUCGUGACGCUCGCGAGCAACGCCGACGAAAAGGCGUUCGAGGGUUUCUAUACCGAUCCCGAGAACCACCCCGGCGGAUCGCGCAAGAUAACGGUCGACGAUGGGACGAUCGGCGUCUUCAGACAAGCCUGGAUCGACGGCGGCGGCGGCGAGGGCGAGCCCGCGAGCUACACGCUACCUGCCCUCGUCAAGGGUGACCGCAUUAUCGCACGGCUCCCGGCGUCCAAGAGGUUACCACCGACGUGGCUCACGGACGUUAACACCGCGCGCAGGCCGACUUCUCGGUGCCGCCCAAGAACGCACCCGCGAGAUAUGCAGCUUUCAAAGGCAAGCGCACGGAGCAGGGCAUCGAGUGGGAGGACGGCAACGUCUGGCCCUGUGGAGGCCACAAGCACCAGGACUAGUAGAUAAAACUCCUUAUUAAUAGUCACCU